GAAACAAGCCAUGAUAGCCCGGAUGACAACAGCUGUUUAUAUAUACCAUUUAAAUAGAUGUAACAGUUGCUGUGAGUGUUGUCUGUUGGCGACAUGGCAUGGACUACAUUUGGCAUGAAUCACGUCGUGGUUUCCUUAAUCACGGUGUCUUUUCUUUCACCUGUAAACUGUGCGAAGUUGUACUCUGUAUGUGAUAGACUUCCGAACGACAGAAGUUUCUAUGACUUAGAGACUGCCGACUUGGAUGGAAAUAAUCGCACAUUGCAGGAGUUUUCAGGGAACGUAACCUUGGUGGUAAAUCUAGCUACGUUCUGAGGGUUCACCUAUCAGUACCACCAGUUGAAUGCAUACAUCAAAUAUGACAAAAAUCUCAAAGUUCUAGGCUUUCCUUGCAACCAGUUUGGCCACCAGGAACCAGCAGCCAACAAAACGGAGCUCUUUAAUGGUUUGAAAUAUGUUCGUCCCGGAAGCGGUUUUAAUCCUUCAUUCGAUAUAAUGGGCAUAGGCAAUGUGAACGGAGAUCAGGAAUCAACAGUAUACACGUAUUUAAAGGAAAGAUGUCGUCUUCCAGACGAAGCCAAAUUUUCUCCGCACGAAUGUUUUUGGUCCAAAUUUAAGACACGUGAUGUCGCGUGGAACUUCGAGAAAUUCCUGAUAGAUAGGAACGGAGUGCCUGUAUUCCGGUUUCUAUCCGUGGUGGAACCAAUGGACAUCCUGAACAUCUCCAAAAUGCUUAUGUAUCCCAAUUCCUGCAAUAGCUCCUGUGUCGAAAAUGAACUACAUUUACUAGAAACAAAAUAUCCAAAGAAAUAGAAAUCGACAUAAUUUGCUUCUAUUAUAGAACGUCGACUAAUUGUUACAGAAUAGGAUUCUCUCAUCUGGUUAAAUUUUAAUGAUUUCUCUUGAAUGAAAUUUGAUACCUAGGUCAAUAAUUCAAAUCUGCAUUAUGUCCGAAACAAGAACAUAGUCUAUACUAAUUGAACCAAUAUUUAAUUCCACACAUAAGGUAAUAAAUCUCCAUUUCAGUACACUCUUUCGAUAGUAAAAAUGCUAUUUAAUGUUUUUGAUUUUCUAACUAUUAUGUAAUGAACUGAUCAUGACAAGUAUCUUCAAAACUCACAGGAAGAUGCUUUGAUAGCGUGCUAAGUCAUUCAGUCAUGCAUUCCUAAAUGCUUACGUACGUCGUCAGUUUCAUUCGUAGUGUUAGAAAAUCUAAAACACUGCACCUUAAAUAAUUGCUAGACUUUAUACACGAUUUGUUGUGAGCGAGUUCAUUGCAGCCAUGCUUCCAUUUAUAAUAAAUGACAUUGUGUUUUUGUAACAAAAGGUUGCCAAAUGUAUUAAAAAUUACAAAUGUU